AUGGCCAGCCAGGACGGUGUAGAGGCCUAUUCUCAAGAUCAAACUGCCCAGGCUACUCCAUUUACAACUCGUGUUCCUCUAUGUACUUCACUAUCUUUCUCAGCUUCCGCAUCUUCCUUCGCAUCUUCCUCCACAUCUUCUUCCUCUCUUCCUCUAAAACGAACCUAUUCCUCAACAUCUGAGCUGUUUACCACUGCAGCUUCCUCUUUUCAUCCGGUGGCUCCUCCAAGAACAAGAGCUUCUCAUAUGCCGCGCUCACACCCUCAUCUUCGAAAUGAUCCCCAUGUCUUGCUCACGACCGUCAUGGAUCCUUCACCAAACGAUCCCAACACGCUUUUCCUCCAUCCGCCGUUCACUAAAUUUCCUGGAAUCGAUAAAUAUCCAGAAGGCCUGACAUACAACGUGAUGGCGGAAAAUCCCGAAUGGUUCCUCGAUGCUACUGACUUCGUCAGUUAUGAAGAGACAGCACCAACAAACCCCCGAACUAUCGCAUAUCCCACAUCUCUAGAACCUCCGCGUGGCUGGUGUCCAGCUCGCAAGAAAGAUCUGAAGUGUCGUGUAGAUGGUUGGCCCGAAGGAGAAGAGCCCCGUCUACGGUGCACAUUUUGUCGAAGGACAUACGCUGGAGUGAAUGCAAAGAGUAUGUGGAGAAGACAUGUUUUUGAGAAACACAAAAUCGCCAUGUCCAAUCGUCGUGAAGGGCCCGAACGGCCCAGAGGAAGAGGCACCGGAGCGACAAAGGAAAACAGGCAGCCUAAACACGACAGAAUAGUAAACAUCGAUGUCGUCCCCCAAGGUCUGAGUAAUGACCCUUCACAGAAAUCUCGAUUCCGCACUGCCCUUCCGCUUUCCUCUCAUGAUACACCGUCUACCAGUCAAAACAACGACCUGGAGUCAUGUGAACAGAGUGAGAGGUGCUCGAAGCAACCUUUUCCAACGCCAACACCACCGCUUACCCCACACGCCCGUCUAUCGGAUCCCGCAAGCGGAUCUGAUGAUAUUUCACUCAAAACGCCCGGAUCGCUUGACCACAUUUCAUGUUCCCCGUACGACCCUUCUCUCACUCCUUCCUUCCGACACUGUUCCCCGCGACUUCCUUCAGAAAAGCCUUGGCGCUGGGAUAGUCCCAGUAAUCCUCUUUCCAGUGCCCGCAACCUUUCGCUCAGCCUUCUGGCCGGAGAACUCGGCACGAAGUCUUUAGAUAGUCCCCUCCUCGCACUGGGCAAAGGAGGAAACACCAAGGGUCUAGGUACUCGAACCCCCUUGCAUACGCUCGGGACACCCGAUAGUAACAUCAAAACCCGCCGCUCGUUCCCCCGAUUCCCAAUCUCUUCGCAUCUAGUAGACUCACCGUUGGGGCAGUCACCUUUGAGUCGCAAACCAACAUGCAUACAUAGGAAGACGUUAUCAGAAGUUUCAGAUGAUUGGGCAUUUGGAGUGACCCCUCCAUUGCCAGCGGAUCCUUUCGUUGGUGGAGCGGCUGUUCCAUUAAAUGAAUCUCUACCAUCCACAUAUGCAGAAAGUCCCGUCCUACGACGUGAUACUUACCCUGCACGUGGCCUUGGCAUUGGUCUUCUUGAACCAUUCACGUUGAAUGGCAAACCUGACUCUGAUCGUCCUUCACCGGAAAACAUUGAGGUCAAUACUUGUAGCUCUCUUGAUAGUUCUCCUACAAAAUCUAUCAGGCCUCGCAAGAAGCGGAGGGUUACAAGCCCAUCAUAA